UGCAAACCCAUACUGAAAAUACUGGCUCGGCCGUUUUCUCGAGGGAAACUCAAAAGCUUUUGUGUUUCAUAGCGGCACUAAGAAGUUCAAACGACUCUUGGAACUCAGCAUUCCCUAUCAUUUUCUCCAUAAAGCAACAAACUUUUAGCUAUUUUGAGGCAACAGGAUGCAGGAUAAUCAUGUAUAUUUUUUGUGGGCAUACAAGUAACAUAAAUUCUGAAACAAAGUGGUGUGCAAAACGAGAUGUAGUGGGAUGGAUGACGUCUAUGAUUUCAAAGCAUCACUGUUCAUCACCUAUUUCAAAUACCCCGAGAAGUGAAAGAAGGUGUGCUUUAAUGCCUGGCCGUGCUUCUGAUGAGGGCCAACAAGUAGGCGACCUAGUCCGGCAGUUUCAGUUGUUCAAUCAAGGUUCAUGUGCAGCUGUGCAGUGGUUUAAACCGCUGCGAUCUUUGUAUUACUUUCAGAAACAACCUCUCUACCUUCAUGAGGUAGUGGUAUUGUCAGCAUACACUCUACCUUCCUCAGAUCUCACUUGUGGGAUUUCACUAGGUAUGCUAUUGUUCUUCUUGAUGGUCACAGGCAAAUUGAAACAAAAAAAAUCAAAUAUUUUGUGGUCAGGCUGUUUGGAUAAUAAAACCCUAGCAGCUUUUCUAAACUCAUCCUGCAAAAUCUGUGUUAUCCUCGCUACAGAGGAGAUGAUCCAUCAAAAAACACCCUAUUCGGCAUUCACAUGGACAAGGUUGACUCACUAAGAAACAAGUUUGUCAUUGAGGGAAAGUGAGGCAAGUUGGUUAGCCGGGCUGUUAGCCUGUUGAACAUUCCUCAGAACUUCCAUAGCCUUGGGAACUUUGGCCUUCAAAACCUCUGGAGAUUCAAGCAUAUGCAAAACCUCGGUCUGGUCCAUUUCAAGAAGCAUGCGUGUAACCUUUACAGCAUGCUCGUUCUUCAGCUGAUCAACAAGUGGAUACAAACUUUCAUCCAACAUCUGCCAAGAGAACAAUGAGAGCAUUAAAAACCUAGUUCAGUCAACAAGGGAUUCCUGUAAUGUCAAAUGAACUCACCGUCCUUUGCUUUUUAGGUGUUGCAUUGGAAAAGGUAGAAGCCAAUGUUGAAAUUGGCAUAGGCUGUCCCAUUGCAGCAUCGCGAGAAGCAUACCAACCUUAUUACAUGGAACAGAGAGCAUAACCCCCCCCCCCCCCCCCAAACCACCACCAACACCGGGCAUUGGUCAACUUAUAGACACUCAACGAAGAAGCAAGGAAGGAUGUGCUUAGACUAAAAAAGCGUUGUAAUGAUUUUCUUGCAGAUAUGGAGUACUGAUUUCAGACAAUUCUACAAGUGAUAAUGAUGGCGUCUAGGAGUUUGUAUUUUAUGAUGUUGAAUGCUUUUGGCACUGUUGGUAAAUUUUUUGACUUGUAAUUAACUGUCAACAAUGCUCGAUUAGACUUUAUAAAUGUAUAGCUCUUUGACGGCAAAACAUGAAAAAGGCAUCUUAUAGAACUACAGGCAAGCACUCUUC